AUGGACGAACUACCACAGGAGAUCUUGGUAGACAUUCUUGACUGCCUUGAAGUUGAGGACUUGCUUUCCACUCAGCAAACAUGUACAUCUCUUUCCAAGUCUGCACGUGCAAACACACUCUGGCGAAAUAAAUGCUUUGAGAAGUCUCCCAGUGCAUUUAUGAGACGACAAAAGGAUAUCUGGAACUCUUGGGUCGCAGAAUCACGAAUCAUCCCGUUGAACAGCGAAGCUACCGCCUUGAGAGGAACCGACACCAAUGGGCAACUACCGACCCACGCAACCCGAAGAGCUCAAGCAACCAACAAAUGGGAUCUUUCGUCCCCAAAUGAAUACGUCGAUUGGUACUCGGAAUACAAAUCACGACAUGCACCGUUGAGCACGGAGUGGCUAACUAGUGGCCACGGUGCCCACGAGGAGAUAAGGGGUAUUUCAACUCUUGAUCAUUCUUCCAAGCUUGUUGGCCACCUCGAGGAUCACAGUCUGCGAAUCUGGGAUCUGAGCGAAGAAUCCAACGGAAGAAGAUGUUUUCGAGAGCUUGGGAGAAGUAGACCUGCCCUCCUGUCAACCUAUUCUGAAGAUCUAUCUGCGUCAUUCGUGGUUGACUCGGUCAGCUCGUUCACUGCACAGCAGAAAUCAUUUAUUGCGGUAGGCGAUGUCUUGAAUGAGGUGGAUCUUAACACCCUACAGGUCAUCUCACGCUCUAAAUAUGCAUGGCCGAUAACAGCGCUGUCACAAGGCAAUGAUCUGGAUCUUCCACUUACAGUUGGUACCCAGUGGAGUCUACAUAUUUUAGAUCCACGGGCGCCUGUCAAGCCACUUGACCAUGAACCAAACGACCAUAUUGAAGAGAUAUCAGCAACAGCCGGGGCCUCGACAGCUCUCUUACCCGAUCUGACGAAGAAUUCUGCCCUCUUACCCGCCGAGUUCGGCAUAACAACACCGUUUGCAGCUAAUCCCGGACCUCGCAUCUGGGCACCGGGCUCACCAAGUUGGAAGCCCUCGCACCGCCUCCAAAACCCGCACUGGAUGGCCUACGCACGUGUAGAACCAGGUCCGUUGUCAAUUCUCCACCACGGCGAACACGAGAUCCUGACAGGAGGCCGAUUCCCAACGAUCUUGUCCUUCGACCGCCGCUACUUCCCACGUCUGCAAUACGUCAUCCACUCAUCUGCAAGCCUCUCAGGACUAGCAUCCAUACCGCACCCACCCGCGGGCUCCUCCGCGGGCCUCUCAAACACCUCCACCCUCAUCGCGUGCGGCGAAUACCGAGGCCGUGGCUCUCUGGAACUCUACUCGCUCCCGCACACCAAAAGCAGCCCGAACACCAACGACGGCGACGGCGACGCCGAAGAGCUCUUCAGCUACAAAAACCGGCAGGACGCCGCGCGCUCCAAGCUCCUGUCUGUCGCCACGCACGGCACGAAAAUAGUGUACUCAGACAGUGAAGGCGGGCUGAAAUGGGUGGAGAGAGACGGCCGCAGCCUUGUGCGAAAAUGGAACAUCAACGACUUCGACCUGACGACGCCGGCAUCAAAUAUCGCCGCCAUCUCCGGGGAUCAAGUCGCGCGCAAGAUCAUUGCGCUGGCGACUCCAGACUCCGAGUUCGGGACGCGAGGCGACGGCGACUUAUUGAUCUGGACAGGCGAGCGGGUCGGCAUCGUGACGACCAAGACCCAGCGCGCGGAUCAUCUGGAGAUGGUGCAGGAGAUGGAGAGCGAGGGCUUGAACGGCGACGAGUUGCGACUCAAAGAGCAAGAGGAGGAGUAUUCCAAGGCCAUGAGGCAGGCGCUCGAGCGCCAGGCGGACGAGAGGAGGUGGAUGAGCCGCUUCCGCUUCAAGAGUGGUCGCUGGUGA